UUAACAGGGGGAGCUACGUGUGUUUCCGAGGGUUCAUUCGAACCCUUUCGAUGGAAAAUUACACUAUUUUUACAUGAUUAUAUAUAUAAUUUAUUUAUAUAUAGUAGAGGUUAAAUCCCUUGAAUUCGUAUAUUUAUUUCUGAAUACUCAGUUAAAAUUCUGGCUCGGCCAUCUAGGCUUAAAGACUAUUUCUAUGCAGUUUUCACUUCAGUUGAAGCACUCGCCUUUCUUUCUUCUUCCUGGCUUAAUGCCUAUUCCUGUAUUGCACUAGCAGUUUUCUACUUUUAUCAAAUAAUAAUCCCAUUUUUCAAUUCUUUUCCAAUCACAAUUACCACUAAACAUUCAACAAAAAUCUAAACUAUAAUUAAUUACUAUCCUUUUUUUGUUUUUUGAGGAGCAAAAGAAAGAGUAAUAAGCAAUCUAUAUUAUGGAUUGCGUAUACAAGAACCCAUCAGCUCCAAUUGAGGAAAGAGUGAAAGACUUGUUGUCUCGUAUGACACUUGAUGAAAAGAUUGGUCAAAUGACUCAGAUCGAACGCGGUGUCGCUACACUCUCAGUCAUCACUGAACUUUCUAUAGGGAGUAUUCUCAGUGUUGGAGGCAGUGCACCAUAUGAGGAUGCCCCAUCAGAAGCUUGGGCAGAUAUGGUUGAUGGAUUCCAAAAGGCCGCGCUGGGAUCACGGCUUGGGAUUCCGCUUCUUUAUGGAGUAGAUGCUAUUCAUGGCAAUAACAAUGUCUAUGGUGCCACCAUUUUCCCACAGAAUGUGGGCCUCGGAGCGACCAGAGAUGCAGAUUUGGCUCAAAAGAUUGGGAUGGUGACUGCUCUUGAAGUCAGGGCCUGUGGCAUUAACUACAAUUUUGCUCCCUGUGUUGCUGUAUGUAAAGACCCCAGGUGGGGAAGAUGCUACGAGAGUUAUGGUGAAGAAACUGAACUUAUUAGGAAGAUGACCUCAAUUGUCACAGGCUUGCAAGGGCAACCACCCCCUGGAUACCCCAAAAACUAUCCUUUCUUAUCUGGAAGCGACAAGGUUGUUGCAUGUGCAAAGCACUUUGUUGGAGAUGGGGGUACUGAACGAGGUAUAAAUGAGGGAAAUACCAUAUCAUCAUAUGAUGAUCUAGAGAGAAUACAUAUUGCCCCUUAUAUUGACUGUAUUUCUCAGGGAGUUUGCACAGUGAUGGCAUCCUACUCUAAAUGGAAUGGAUGCCACCUACAUGCUAGCCACUUUCUUCUGACUGAAGUUUUGAAAGAGAAGCUUGGAUUUAAGGGCUUUGUUAUUACUGAUUCCGAAGCACUUGACCGAUUGUACCAUCCUCAUGGAUCUAACUAUGACCAGAGUAUUUUGACAGCAAUCAAUGCAGGGAUUGACAUGGUGAUGGUUCCCUUCCGGUAUCAAUUAUUUCUUGAUCAUUUGAGAUGUCUUGUGGAAUCUGGGAAGAUUCCAAUGACCAGAAUUGAUGAUGCUGUUGAAAGGAUCCUGAGAGUUAAGUUUGUUUCUGGAGCUUUUGAGAACCCUCUGAGUGAUAGGUCAUUGUUGGAUACUGUCGGUUGUAAUCACCAUCGUGAAUUAGCACGUGUAGCAGUUCGCAAAUCGUUGGUUCUUCUAAAGAAUGGAAAGGAUAUAACAAAACCAUUUCUUCCGCUAGACAGGAAAGCAAAGAGGAUUCUUUUAGCAGGAAAACAUGCUGAUGACCUUGGAUUCCAGUGUGGAGGAUGGACUAAAACAUGGGAAGGAAUGGGCGGAAGAAUCACGAUUGGGACAACAAUUCUGGAUGCUAUGAAAGAUGCUGUUGGAGGGGAAACAGAAGUGGUAUAUGAGGAAAAUCCGUCACCAGACACAUUCGCGAGUCAAGACUUCUCUUAUUCCAUUGUAGUUGUUGGCGAACCUCCCUAUUGUGAAAGCGGUGGAGAUAGCCAAGACCUCAGAAUCCCCCUCGGUGGAGAAGAACUAAUAAGCUUGGUUGCUGACAGAGUUCCAACGUUGGUGAUAUUGAUCUCCGGAAGGCCUUUAUAUAUAGAGCCUUUGCUUCUGGAGAAAAUGGACGCCUUCGUUGCGGCUUGGUUACCGGGCACCGAGGGAGCUGGUAUCACUGAUGUCAUUUUCGGAGAUUUUGAAUUCCAAGGAAGGCUCCCAAUGACAUGGUUUAAAAGUGUAGAUCAAUUGCCCAUGCAUCAAGAACGAAACUCCUAUGAACCUCUGUUUCCAUUCGGCUACGGGUUAACUAGUAAAAACAAGGUGCUCUAAGAGAGAUGUGAGACAUGUCUAUGAAGAUGCAGACUAUCAGAAAGACCCUUGAACCUCCACUGUUCCCGGGGUUGGCUUUUGCAGCCUCUAUUUUCAUUCGGCUACGGGUUAACUAGUAAAAACAAGGCAGUCUAGAAAAGGUUAUCUAUACAUAUUAAGGUAUCAUAUCAGAGUUGAAACACUUUGAUUCUUGUAGACUUUAUUGAUGAAGUAUGCCAUCUCUAUCUUGCAUUCUUCCUUGGGUCCCUGGCAUAUGAUGUUACAUCAGUCCAAAUUGUUGUGUAUCAAAAAAAUGCAACAUCUUAUCAUUUUAUCUAUUAAAAAAACUGUUUUACACUUUCAAA